CCCGUCAUCUCCUUCAAACUCAUUAUCUACACCGUCAGCGUCCGACUAACAUCAAUUUUGAUAGUCUAGCUAAGCCACUCAUAGCUAGCCAUUAGUCUUUGUGAUUCAAGUCGAGACAGUAAAUAUUCGGGACUUCCUCCUCCGCGAACUUAGGCAAUGGCAUACUUUUUCGCAUCCCCCGUCGAUGUUGACAUCAAAUUGGAAGGGGAAGAGCUGCGGAAGCAAGUGGACAUAAAGACUGACAAGGACCGCACAGCCUCAUCUCCAGUCUAUUAUGACGGCGACUCAGUGACAGGGCAGGUGACCAUUCGCGUUCGCGAUGGAAAGCGAAUGACUCAUGAGGGCAUCAAGGUUGAGUUUGUUGGCAGCAUUGAGUUGUUCUACGAUCGGGGGCACCAUCAUGAAUUCUUAUCAUUAUCUCAAGAAUUGGCAUCGCCUGGGGACCUGCGCCAAGCUCAGACUUUUGACUUCCUCUUCAAGAAUGUCGAGAAGCAAUUCGAGAGUUACCAGGGCAUCAACGUCAAGCUACGCUACUUUAUACGAGUAUCUGUUGCAAGGCGAAUGGCGGAUGUUACGAAGGAGAGAGAUAUCUGGGUACACUCAUAUCGCAUGCCUCCAGACAGUAACAAUUCCAUCAAGAUGGAGGUCGGCAUUGAGGAUUGUCUGCACAUUGAAUUCGAAUACAACAAGUCAAAGUAUCACCUGAAGGACGUGAUUGUUGGCAAGAUAUAUUUUUUGCUUGUUCGUAUCAAAAUCAAGCAUAUGGAGCUUUCUAUAAUACGACGCGAGACAACUGGCUCCCCACCAAAUCAGUACAACGAGAGUGAGACAAUCACAAAGUUUGAAAUCAUGGAUGGCGCUCCUGUCAGAGGAGAAACCAUCCCUAUUCGACUAUUUCUCGGUGGCUUUGAUCUCACACCGACGUUUCGCGAAGUGAACAAGAAAUUUAGCACACGUUACUACCUGAAUCUUGUGCUUAUCGAUGAGGAGAAUCGGCGGUACUUCAAACAACAGGAAAUAACGAUAUUUAGGAUACCAGAGAACUAAACCAAUAUUGCGCUACAUGAUUCUUGUACUCGCAGUCUCGUUUAAUGAUGCUAGCUUCUGCAUUUUACGCAUUCUAUCCAUGACAGUUUCUAUCAAUACAGGAAUGAGACACUAUUACGGAGAGCA